AAUAGAAUAUACAAUAGCUUUUGAGAUACGUAGAAAUCCACGAAAAGAUUAAAGUAGAAUCUCAAAAAGAUGCAUAACUUAUAUAGUUGCAUGAUUCUUUCUUUGGUUGCUUUUUCAUUAACAUGUUUUCUUCCUCUGCAAGCAACCCUAGCAGCCAAAAUCUUGACUACCGCGCCAAAAGCUGGAAAUGAGACGGGCGUUGGUGUCAUCCUUGACCCAACGUCUAGGCCCGGCAAAGAGGCCAAAGUGGCAAUUGAAUUAGCAGUUCAAGACUUCAACAUCAAAAUCGAUCAACCUUUGGUUUUAUACCUUAAAAACUCUCGAAACAAGCAUGUUCAAGCAGUUACUGCAGCGAAAGAGCUUGUUGACGAACACAAAGUGAAGGUCAUUUUGGGAGGACAUACAUGGGAGGAAGCAUCUACCAUAGCCGAGGUUAUCAGCGACAGCGAACCUGAUCACGACAUCCCCGUCUUUCUUUCCUUCGCUGGCACGAUACCGCUACAAUCAACCAAUCAAUGGCCAUUUCUCAUUCACGCAGUUCCUACACAAUCCACACAGAUGAACGCAGUGGCUGCCAUUUUAGAGUCAAUGGGCAUACGCCAAGUUACCCUCAUAUACGAGUCGGCCUCAAUCAUUUCUCAUCUCACUCAGGCAUUUCGUGAAACAGGUUCUGAGUUAACCCAUAGUAUACCAAUUACAUCUAGGUCGUGUUCCUUAGAUGAAGAGCUUGAGGUUGUGAAGAGACAACAACGUAAAGUCUUUGUAGUUCACACAUCUUUGGAGGUUGGAGUUUGCUUGUUUCAGACAGCCAAGAAGAUGGAAAUGAUUGGAGAUGGGUAUCUAUGGAUUGCAACUAAUGCAAUCACAGAUCUUUUUCAUUCUGUUAAUUCCAGCAUCUUUUCUUCACUGAAAGGUAUGGUUGGAGUCAAAAGUUACUUCCCUGAAAGCACUCCGGAGUUUUUAAAUUUCAGAAAAAGAUUCAGGAAAAAGUUCCAUUCGGAUUAUCCAGAAGACGAGCAGGAUGAACCUGGAAUCUUUGCGGUGCAAGGAUAUAACGCCAUGAAAAUGUUGGAAAAAGCCUUACCAGAAAAGUUAAAUGAAUUGAAAACAGUUUUGGCAAACACAGUAGAGAUUGUUAAUGUGAAUGGAAAAGGGUAUCACAGUGUGUAUUGGACAGAAGGAUUGGGGUUUUCUGAGACAGUUGAAAAUGAGAUCAAUGGAGCAAGUAAUUACACUCAUUUGAUAGAUAAUGUCGGAGAGAUUCUGUGGCCGGUGCAGCCAUGGUAUGCUAGUAGAAGUAGCAGGCGGAAUUUGGCUGGAAGUUCACAGAAAAGGAUGAAGGUCCUUUUUCCUGCUCAUUCUCUGUUCAGGCAAUUCGUGAGCGUGGAUUGUGAUCCCGUGAAAAACGAAUAUGUCUUCGGUGGAUUUGUAUACGAUGUGUUUGAUGCAAUGAUGAAAAUAAUGGAUGAACCAUAUGAUCGGAUUCCAUUUAAUGAUUCUUCAUAUGAAAAUUUGAUUAAAGCAAUUGAUUCAGGGGAGUUUGAUGCUGUAGCCGGUGAUGUAACAAUUACAUCAAAAAGACACGAACAUGCACAUUUUACACAACCGUUCACGGAGUCAGGUUUGGAGAUGAUUGUACCCGCUCGAUCUAGAUUAUCAAACCAGGCGUGGUUGUUCUUGAAGCCUUUCACUGCGAAAAUGUGGUGGAUAACAGUAGCAAUUACUCUAUACAAUGGCUUUGUUAUUUGGUUUAUUGAGAGAAACCACAACAAAGAUCUUCAAGGCAACAUCAUUACCCAAAUUGGAAUCAUCCUUUGGCUUGCAUUCUCGACGCUCUUCACUUUGCGUGGUGAUAAGAUGCAUAGUAAUUUGUCAAGAAUGGCGGUGAUCAUAUGGCUAUUUGUGGCACUAAUUAUCACACAAAGCUACACGGCUAGCUUGGCAAGUAUGCUCACGGCUCAAAGGCUUGAACCAACCAUAACAAGCUUUGAGAUGCUUAGAGACAUGAAUGCAGCCAUAGGGUACUGCAAUGGGUCAUUUAUAAACGAAUAUUUGGUGAAUGUUUUAAAGUUUAAAAAUUUUAGUAUCAAGAGUUAUAACUCGACCGACGGAUACGCCGAGGGCCUUAAUAGUGGCGAAAUUAAAGCUAUCUUUCUUGAGGUUCCUGCAGCUAAAGUCUUUCUGGCUCAGUAUUGUAAGAGUUUUAUCAGAACCGGAGAGACAUUCAAAGUCGGAGGUUUCGGAUUUGCAUUUCAUAAGAAGUUUGAAAGACUUUCAGCAGCCAACGAAGCAUUAAUGAACGUAUCAGAAAGUGGGUUACUCAAAGAACUUGAGGACAAACAUCUUAUCUCUGAAAAGUGUGUGGAUGAAGAAUCUUCACCUGAUGAAAAAGGGAGGCUUAGCCUUCAUAGCUUUUGGGUACUAUUCGUGCUAACCGUAGGGACAUCCACAGUUGCUCUUGUCAUCUACAUCGUCACGGGCAUCAAAGAAUUUAAAAAAUCCAAUCAUGAAGACACAAAUUUAGUCAAACUGAUAUCAGCAUUUAUUAAAGAUUGGCAACUUCGAGUGAGACGAUCAUCUAGCAUAGUUGCCAGUGUAGAAAGUGCUAGAGGCACAAUCGAAAUGUCAAUCAAUUAGAUAACACAGAUGAUGAUUCAUUAUAAGUACUUUAAAGCCCCCAUACAUAUGAUCAUAAGUUUAAUGUUUAAUUGUUAGUAGUAGUACUCUUGUAAAGCAUAUUAUGUACACAGAUGUUUUAAUUAAUAGUAAACUAGUGCUAAUACCCGCGAAUUUCGCGGU